GUUUGGAGCGAGUCAAGGUCUCCGCGAUUACCUACUUGAAUAUUUAGACGAAAUAUUCCAUUGCUAAAUCGUGAUCGGUCGGAGAAUCAUGGAAACUCACUUAAAAUAAUAUAGUUUUAUGGGAGCAUAUAAUACUCCUCAAUAGUUGAUUCAUAGAAAAUACCUAAUUGAUUUAUUUGUGUCGUCGCUUCGCCUAAAUUACAAGAGUACUUAAAUUAAUGGGCUUCAUUACCCGUUUACCACUUCGCGAAUUUGUACUUGGAUCGAUAAAUAUGCUUAGGUCUUCAUAACACUACAGCAGUUUGUAUAUUCUAUUAUAAGAGACAAAUUUUUCAAAGUAGAUCUAAAGAUGUCUAUCAUAAGUAAAUGUUUGUUUACAAAGGGGUUAUCUAGUGUUAUUGGUGCACAGAAUAUUCGAUCACUGAGCAAUGCAGCCAAAUACGACGUGGUGGUAAUCGGCGGCGGCAUCGUGGGCGCCGCCUCCGCGCGCGAGCUGCUCAUCCGCUACCCCGAGCUCAAGGUGGCCAUCCUGGAGAAGGAGCACCGCUUCGCGCACCAUCAGAGCGGCAACAACAGCGGCGUCAUCCACGCCGGCAUCUACUACAAGCCCGGCUCGCUCAAGGCCAAGCUCUGCGUCGAGGGCCACGCCCUCGCUUACCAGUACUGCGACAAGAAAAACGUCCCCUACCUCAAGUGCGGCAAACUAAUAGUAGCCACCGAACGCGCGGAAAUACCCAGGCUACUAGAACUUUACGAUAGGGGACAGAAAAAUGGAGUCAAAGACUUGGAGCUCAUGGAUAGAAAUCAAAUGAGAGAAAUCGAGCCGAACUGUAACGGUUUACAAGGAAUCUGGUCCCCGCACACGGGUAUAAUCAACUGGGGCGAGGUGACGAGAUCAUUCGUUGAAGAUUUCGUGGAGCGGGGCGGACAGAAAUAUUUAAAUUUCGAAGUUAGGAAGUUCGCCGAGGCGGAAGAUAGCGAGUAUCCUGUGAUAAUUUCCGAUGAGAAAGGGCAAGAGGUGCGCGCGUCUCAUGUUUUGACUUGUUGCGGUUUACAUUCGGACACGAUCGCCGUGCUGACGGGGUGCCCGGAGGAGCCGAAGAUCGUGCCGUUCCGGGGCGAGUACCUGUACAUUGUGCGGGAGAAGAGCGACCUGGUGAAGGCGAACAUCUACCCGGUGCCGGACCCGAGGUUCCCGUUCCUCGGCGUGCACCUCACGCCCACGAUCGACGGCCGGAUCAUCGUUGGACCUAAUGCGAUUUUGGCGUUUGCGAAAGAAGGGUAUAGAUGGAGCGACAUAAACAUGAAAGAGCUAAGAGAGAUCUUCAACUUCCAAGGGUUCCGGCAGGUGGCGGCCAAGUACGCGUGCUUCGGAGUGAAAGAGAUGGCGCGAUCGUGGCUGGUGCCGCUACAAGUGGCUCAGUUGAGGAAGUUCGUGCUGUCUCUGUCUACCGCUGAUGUGGAGCGAGGCCCCUCAGGGGUCAGGGCGCAGGCUAUGGGGAAGGAUGGAACGCUGAUCGAGGACUUCGUGUUCGACGCAGCCGGGCGCGGGGGUGGGGGUGGGGGGCGCGUGCUGCACGUGCGCAACGCGCCUUCCCCCGGCGCCACCUCCUCGCUCGCCAUAGCUAAAAUGAUCGCCGACAAAAUGACACUACAGUUCAAACUAUCCAACAAAAGUGCCGUCAGAGACUUAUAGGGCUCUACUCAUUUUUAUAAUUAAUAACUUAAUGACAGCUUAGAAGUAUGUAAUGCGUGGAAGCUGGAGCCAUCCCUCCCUCGCUGUAGCUAAAAUGAGCGCUGAAAACAUAGCCGACCGGUACAAACGGUCCUACAAAAACAUUAGACUUAUAUUGACCGGGAUAUAGACCGUGAUUACCUUUUUAAUUUUUGUCGAGCUCCCGAUAUUUCGACGCAGUUGC